CGCGCCGAGUCCCGUCGCGGCGCAUCCUUUCGGGGUCCGUCUCCCUUUAAGACCGAUCUGUCUUGAACGGGCCGAAGGAUUUGAUCACCGAGCGAGCCGUCGGAAAAUCGGAAGUCGUCAAGGUGCUCGGGAAUCGCGAUGAAAUUGGAUCGCUUAUGUUAAUUUUCGAUUGGUGACGUGGGAUUUUUCAUUGAGACCUUUACGUUGCUGCCUCCUGGAUAUUCCACCGAAGCGCUACUGUUCAACGAAGUCGAAACACCACGAAGAAAUGAGCCUUAUAAAACUUCGUCUUUCGAAAGCUUCUCUCCCACGCUGAUAAAACUAAUUAUCAACAAACUAAUUAACAGACUCCGAAAUUCAAUUGGAAUCGUCGUAUGCGAGAAAUAGGCUCGUGUUAAAUGAAUUUAAUCCACAUGCGGAAAACGACAAGCAUCGAUCUUCGAGUAGUAUUUCGAAUCCAAUGAACAGUAACGCACAUUACUUCGUAUUAUCGAAACGCAGCGGAUAGUUACAAAAGAGAACCCAGACUUCGAGGAAGAGUUCAAAGUUCCGAAUCUUUUAAAACGACACGACCACACACGUCCGUGAUCUUUUCUAAUUUUAUAUGUUUUUUCCUAAGAAAGGAGGCGUCAAGAUAUACAUGCUACUCGCUGCCACAUCAUCGAUAGAUAUAUCACAGAUUAUUCGCGGCGCGAACCAAGGAGAUCACUAGAUCAAGUGAUAGAUCCGGAUCGAGACACGACCUGAAGAACGCUGACUCGAGCGAACGAUUUUUCGAGGGUGAUCUUUGAUCUCGCAGCUCCCGGCUCGUUCAUGCGUGAUCGCGCGCGAAAUAGAAGAUCACAGCCGGACACAAUUAAUCGCGAUAUGUGCAAUCGCCGAUCGGCCCACGCGUGUGUCGCAGAUCUGUUAGCGCGAAGUUAUUUAUGAGCUCGUGUUAGUUAUGGAAUAACGCUAAACCGCCGAAGGUACAUAAGCAGACGGUGGAAUGAUCGCGGCGACUUGGAAAAAUCCCUCGAGAUCGAUCAAGGAUCAUGCGUGUUAGAUGCGCGAGUAUCGGCAAACCUGCGAGCUAAGAGGACAACCCAGGACAAUCGAAGGAGAAAUCGGAUCAGGGACACGAGGCUGCGAGUUCUUUAUGCAGGAUGUCUGCAUUGUUAUUAGCAGCCUGGAUCAUCCUGGCAUGUCGCUUUGUUCAGGAUGGCGUAGCGACGGGGCAACGUUACACUCCGAGUCCUACCCAAGACUUGGACAACACCCUGCAAUCAGUGGCACCCCUCGGGCCGAACGUCUGCAGAUCGAGGUAUAAAAACUACUGCUGUCCAGGAUGGACGAAGAAACCGGAGACAGGACUGUGCGUUAUACCAAUUUGCACGAGACGCUGCGGUCCUCUAGGAAGAUGCAUAAAGCCCAACAUCUGCUUAUGCGAAGGUGACAUUGUCGCUUCUACUUGUACCGGCGGACAAAGCAAAGUCACCACCCACGAGAUCGGAAGUGGCAGUGAACGCGGCGACCGGGGUGAGAACGGCUGCAAGGUUCAUUGUAUGAAUGGAAAUUGCGUUGAUGGUCGUUGCCAAUGUCGUAGCGGAUUUCAGGGGGAGUUUUGCAACGAACCUAUUUGUCGGGAACCCUGCCAGAACCAAGGAAGAUGCAUCGGUUCGGAUCGGUGUGCUUGCAUCUACGGAUACACCGGGAGACGUUGCGAGACCGAUUACAGGACCGGACCCUGCUACACCAAAGUGAAAAACGGGCAGUGCUUGGCCAACCUGCAAGGGGUAGUUUGUACACGGCAGCUGUGCUGCGCCACUGUGGGCAAGGGCUGGGGUCACCCUUGCGAGAGGUGUCCAGUUAGAAUGGACUGUGAAUUAGGUUACUUGAAGACCAAUCAGGGUCAAUGCGUCGAUAUCAACGAGUGCGAAGCAAUUCCCGGAUUGUGCCAAGGUGGAAAGUGCCUAAACACUCCUGGCUCGUUCACUUGCGAGUGUCCUCCGGGACAAGCGAGGGAUCCCGAGACCAACGAGUGCAAGGAUAAGGACGAGUGUCAAGAGGAAGGCAUCUGCGCCGAUGGUCGAUGCAUAAACACUAACGGUGGCUAUUACUGCCAUUGCAAUCCGGGAUUUAUACAAAGCCAAGACCGCAAAUAUUGCAUCGACGGCAGACAGGGAUUGUGUUACACGACGGUGAAUCGUAACGGACAGUGUAAGAAUCGACUGGCGAUGAGACUGAGCAAGAAGGAUUGCUGUUGCGGCAAGAACAUGGGCCGGGGCUGGGGCGACGAAUGCUUCAUCUGUCCUAAUCCUGGCAGCGAUGAUUACAACAGGCUUUGCUCGCAACUGCAGUUUUUCACCGAGGUGAACGAGUGCGCGCUGCGACCGGACAUCUGCGGCGACGGGCACUGCAUCGACACCAAAGAGGGUUACGAGUGCGAGUGCUACCCGGGAUUCACGAGAAAGCCCGGUGGUAGAUGCGAAGACGUGGACGAGUGCCAAUUAGGUUAUUGUCAAGGUGGGACCUGUCGCAAUUAUCCCGGCAGCUUCGCCUGCGACUGUCCACCCGGCUUCGUCGUGUCCGGCGAAGGCAGAUACUGCACCGAUCACGACGAGUGCCAAGACACAGGAAUGUGCACAAAUGGACGUUGCAUCAACAUGAACGGAUCCUUCAAAUGCAAAUGCAAUGACGGUUAUACCCUGUCACCGUCGAAGAAUACCUGCGUAGAUAUCAACGAGUGCCUGGACAAUCCGAGAAUCUGUCUAAACGGCCGUUGUGAGAACACACCAGGAUCCUAUCACUGUAUCUGCCAAUCGGGCUUUACUCCCUCGAGAGACAACACCUUCUGCGUAGAUAUGGACGAAUGUUCUACUAGCGGCAUGUGCGAGAACGGCAAAUGCGUUAACAUGGAGGGAUCCUUCAAAUGCGUCUGCGACUCUGGCUUCAGGAUUGGUCCUGAUCUGAGUCAUUGCAUAGAUAUUGACGAGUGUCUAAGUUCACCUUGUCAAAAUGGACGUUGCAUCAACACUCCUGGUAGUUUCCGAUGUGAGUGUCAUCCGGGAUUCAACUUAGGUCCUGACGGAAGAUCCUGUCUAGAUACGAGAAGAGAUCUGUGCUAUUCGCAGUACAGAGACGGCCAAUGUUCCAACCCGACAUCCACUGCCGUAACAAAGUCCAGUUGUUGUUGCUGCACGAUAAUCUUGGGCCAGCCGAUGGGCUGGGGCAGCACUUGCCAACCCUGUCCACUUCCGGGCAGCUCGGAGUUCGAAGCUCUGUGCCCGCAUGGCGCCGGAAUGACUUACAAUGGCGAUGAUAUCAACGAGUGUGCCCAGAACCCAAACAUCUGCAUCAAUGGCGGAUGCGAGAAUCUUAUGGGGACAUAUCGUUGCAUCUGCGACAGCGGAUACGAAGUGGAUGCAACGGGGAAGAUAUGUAGCGACAUCAAUGAGUGCGAGCUGGAGGAUUCCUUAUGCAGCGGUGGUCAAUGUCGAAAUACGCCCGGCAGUUUCCAGUGCAUCUGUCCGACGGGCAUGCGGUUGAACACGCAGAAUCAAAUGUGCGAGGACGUGGACGAGUGCGAGGAGCUAGGACCAGAAGUGUGCUUCAACGGCAUAUGCAUCAACACUCUGGGAGCUUACGAGUGCGAGUGCUCGCCGGGAUACAUUCUCGACAACACCGGCCAUAUCUGCAUGGACAAUCGGAAAGGUUCCUGCUGGACCAAGAUGGUAGAUGGCCGUUGCGAGAACAAUCUACCGAAGGUAGCUUUGCGUUCGGAGUGUUGCUGUUCGGUCGGCGUGGCUUGGGGCAGCCCUUGCGAGAUCUGCGACCACUCGCUCUGCGAGUGUUCCAAGGGCUACGCCAAGGUAGACGGCAAGGGUUGCACGGACAUCAACGAGUGCGAGCUUAACAAUGGGAUCUGUAAAGGUGGCGGUACUUGCGUGAACACAGACGGCUCGUAUCGCUGCGAGUGUCCGCCUGGUCUCACUUUGGACGCAGCACAUAUCACUUGCAUCGACACGAGGCAAGAAACUUGCUUCUUAGACUAUCGUCAUGGCCAAUGCACCAAUCCCAUAGAAGGCCAUUUCCCUAAAAGCCUCUGCUGUUGCUCCGUCGGACGUGCCUGGGGGAGCGAUCGGUGCGAGCUGUGCCCUAAAAUGGGUACACAGGCCCACAUGGAACUGUGUCCUCGGGGGGAAGGCUUCACCGAGCGUCAGGAUAUCAAUGAAUGCGUCGAAUUUCCGGGCAUGUGUUUAAACGGUAGAUGCAAAAACACGAUCGGCAGUUAUAGUUGCAGAUGCAACCAAGGCUAUGCGCUCGACGAGCACGGCAUUAAGUGCAACGAUAUCGACGAAUGCGAGAUCAUGCGUGGAGUCUGCGGGAAUGGCACUUGCAGGAACAUGCCCGGCCAUUUUCAAUGUGACUGCAACCCGGGUUAUCGCAGCAGCGACAUCAUGAAGAUUUGCAUGGACAUAAACGAGUGCGAAGAGACGCCGGGAUUGUGUCGUGGCGGCACUUGCAUCAACACCGAGGGCAGCUUUAAUUGUCAGUGCCCGCCGGGGCACGAGCUGGGCCCCGACAAGCAGUCCUGCAAAGACAUAGACGAGUGCUCGAGGACCAGUGGUAUAUGCUCGAAUGGCGUCUGCGAGAAUAUGAUGGGCACUUACCAAUGUAUAUGCGACGAUGGAUACCAACAGACGGGUCUCAGAUCUCACUGCGAAGACAUCAACGAAUGUGCGAUUGGCAAUGGUGGUUGCGAAGACAUUUGUCUGAAUACUCCGGGCAGCUUCUCUUGCUCUUGCCGCACUGGCUACGCUCUAAAUCUAGACGGUCGAACUUGUCUGGAUGUAGACGAGUGCAAGGAGAACCCACGAAUAUGCAACGGAGGUAAAUGCAAAAAUACACCGGGUGGCUACAAGUGCAACUGCACGAACGGUUUGUUGCCCGGAAGAGAUAGUACGUCGUGUAUAGAUAUCGACGAGUGUGCAACGCAACUACGAAUAUGCGGAUUCGGCGAGUGCUACAACACCAUCGGCUCCUUCAAUUGCCGCUGCGAAGAAGGAUACUCGGUGAAGCCAGCGGAAGGACCUGCUUGCACCGACGACGAUGAAUGUCGGCUAAACGCUUAUUCCUGCAGUGAAUUCGCCGAGUGUCAAAACACCCAGGGCUCGUAUGUUUGCACCUGCCACGAGGGCUUCACUGGGAACGGAAUCGAGUGCUGGGAUAUUAACGAAUGCUCCACGAACAAUGGUGGCUGCGACUCUAACGCGCACUGCAUCAACACCGAGGGUUCAUUCAAGUGCGUAUGCGACGCUGGCUUUCGAGGCGACGGCCACAGCUGUAAGGACAUUGACGAGUGCGCGGAAGAUAGCACACUUUGCGAGAACGGGCACUGCCUGAAUUAUCCGGGCGCUUAUCGCUGCGAAUGCGAAAUGGGUUUCAUGCAUCCAGAUGAACACAACGAACAGGCGUGCGUAGACAUCAACGAGUGCGAAAUGUUCAGCAACCUGUGCGUCUUCGGCCACUGCGAGAAUAUUUUCGGCAUGUUCCGCUGCGAGUGUAACGAGGGUUACAAACUCGAUGGUUCCGGCGGCAAUUGCACUGACGUGGACGAGUGCGAGAGCCCGCAAUCCUGCCAAUAUGGUACCUGCAUCAACACACAGGGCAAAUAUAUCUGUCGCUGCCCACCGCACUAUGAGCUUGUGGAAGCCGGAAAUGCUUGCGUAGAUAGGCGCGAAUCGUUCUGCUUCACCGGUUUCGAGCAUGGCACCGGAAGGCCUCAAUGCAUUUUCGAAGUGGCGUCAUCGGUGACGAAGGCCACAUGUUGCUGCAGCAUUGGCAAUGCCUGGGGCAAUCGUUGCGAGGAGUGCCCGCAAGUCGGCACAAAGGAAUAUGAGCAGCUGUGUCCUAGUGGACCAGGAUACAGACCGAACCGUGUGACAGUUAUUUUAGAGGAUAUCAACGAGUGCGAAGAACACGAGAAUAUCUGUCAGAAUGGACAUUGCACCAACACGUUCGGUAGUUUCAUGUGCUCCUGCAACGAAGGUUUCAUCUUGGACGACACCAAGACCAAUUGCAUCGACAUCAACGAAUGUGCUCUGCAUCCACAUAUAUGCGGAGUAGGAUACUGCAUCAACGAUCAAGGGAAAUAUCAUUGCGAGUGUCCCGAAGGAUACAUGGCGAUGCCAGGAGGAAAGGAAUGCGUUGACAUGAGGAAAGAGUCCUGCUAUCUCACCUACGAAGCCGGACUGUGUCUUAAUCCCAUGGUGCAACCACAAACCAAAAUGUUGUGCUGCUGUUCAAUGGGUGCUGCAUGGGGCAGCAAUUGCGAGAAGUGUCCAGGCGAGCGAACUCGUGAGCACGAGAUUCUGUGCGGACUGGUGCCAGGCCAGAUCAUGAACCCAAUCACGAACCACUCCGAAGAAAUCGACGAAUGCGCCCUGAUGCCGACGAUGUGCACCCACGGCCGAUGCAUGAAUACACCUGGUAGUUUUGAGUGCCAGUGCGAUCGAGGCUACAUUUACGAUCAAGAUUCGCACCAAUGUAUUGAUGAAAACGAAUGCCUGCAGGUACCGAAUCCCUGCAGCGGCAAUGCACAGUGCCGCAAUCAUCAGGGCUACUUCGAGUGCGUGUGUCCAGCCGGUUAUAAACUCGGCCUCAGCCAACACGAUUGCGUCGACAUCGACGAGUGUUACGAGCGACCGGGUAUCUGCAACAACGGUGCAUGCAACAAUCUGCAAGGUGGCUUCCAGUGCGUCUGUCAUUCCGGAUUCUCGCUGACUCGCGACAGAGACAAUUGCGUCGACAUUGAUGAGUGCCAGCGUAAUCCAAAUAUAUGCAACAACGGGACCUGUAUCAACACCUUGGGCUCCUACAAGUGCCAAUGCUAUCAAGGAUUUAAGCUUAGUCCUAACAAUGAUUGCGCGGAUAUUAAUGAGUGUCGAAUAAUGCCGUUCUUAUGCCGCAACGGUCGAUGCCGAAACACGAUUGGCGGUUUCAUUUGCGAGUGUGCGGACGGUUACGUAUUGGCGCAAGAUGGCCAACACUGCCGCGACAUUGAUGAAUGCCACGAGAUACCGGGAUUAUGUCCAUCGCCAGGAAAAUGUCAAAAUCUAAUGGGAUCGUACAUAUGUUCUUGUCCACCGGGUUACGAAUUAGACCAUACAAGAAAAAAAUGCGUCGAUGUGGACGAAUGCGUGGAAACGAGAGACAUCUGCGAGAACGGUCGAUGCAUCAACACGGAAGGCGGCGUAAUUUGCGAAUGUCCAGUCGGGUAUCAAUUGAGCGACAAGCCGAACUCGAUGAGGUGCAUCGACGUGAGACAGGAACAGUGUUACGACACAUACAGACGAGGCCAAUGUACCAGUCCACGAGAAGGCGGUGUAACAAGGAAACACUGUUGCUGCACGAUGGGCAAGGCUUGGGGACGUUACUGCGAGGCAUGCCCACCGGAGAAUAGCGAGGAAUUCAAGAGAUUAUGCCCGGAAGGACCAGGCAGGGACGACACUGGGAUUGACUUGAACGAGUGCCUGUUCAUGCCGGAUGCCUGUUCCGGAGGCGAAUGCAUCAACACAGAUGGCUCAUUCCGAUGCGAGUGCCCAACGGGAUACGUGUUGGAUGACACCGGGAGACGGUGCGUGGACAACAAUGAAUGUUUAAGUGUCCAGAACAUCUGCGGUAACGGCACUUGCCGCAACAUCGACGGUGGCUUUGAGUGUUCGUGCAACGAUGGAUUCGCGCCGGGUGCUAACCAAGUCUGCGAAGACGUGAACGAGUGCCUGGAGCUAGGCAAUCAGUGCGCUUUCAGGUGCCACAAUGCGCCAGGCUCGUUCCGUUGCAUCUGCCCGUAUGGCUACACGUUAGCUCCUGACGGCCGCCAUUGCAUAGACGUCGACGAGUGCGUCACACCGGCAAACGACUGUAGAUUCCAGUGCAAGAAUCUGAUUGGUACUUUCAUGUGCAUUUGUCCGCCUGGGUAUCAGAAGAUAGGAACGGUGGACGAGUGUAAGGAUAUCAACGAAUGCGCUAUCAACUCUGGUCUCUGUCAACAUGGGCGUUGCGUUAACUCGGAAGGGAGUUACCAUUGCCUCUGCUACGACGGUUUCGAGCAAAGUCUGGAUGGAAAGUCGUGUAUUGAUCGUAGAGUCGGCUAUUGUUUCCUACAAACGAUCGGUGGCAGAUGUACCGCUAGGACCUCAGAACUACGCACAGUUACGAAGGCAGACUGUUGCUGCACCAUGGGAGCGGCAUGGGGUCCGCAUUGCGAGAUCUGCCCGUCCCGAGACUCCGACAAUUACAACGAGCUUUGUCUGGAUAAAGGAUUCUCUGUGGACGGUCAAGAUAUCGACGAGUGCAAGACCAUACCCGAUCUUUGCAGGAAUGGUCAGUGCAUCAACACCCUCGGUUCCUACAGGUGCAUCUGCAACAAGGGCUACAAAGCCGACAAGUCUGGUAUUCACUGCAUCGACAUCAACGAGUGCGAAUUGACGCCGAAACCGUGCAAAUACAAUUGCCAGAACACCGAAGGCAGCUUCAUCUGUUCAUGUCCGUCAGGUUUCAUUUUGAACCCCGACGGUAUCAGCUGCAGGGAUCUGGACGAGUGCGCGACUGGGAAUCACUUGUGCCAACAAAAUUGCAUAAACACUCCGGGGAGCUACGCUUGCGGCUGCCAAGAGGGCUACAACCAGCAAGGAGACGCGUGCCAUGAUAUUAACGAAUGUGAUCAGCCAGGAAUUUGCCCAAAACCCGGCAAAUGUAUCAACACUCUGGGCAGCUUCCAAUGCAUCUGCCCCAGAGGCUUCAAGCUCGAUCAUACGGGAAGAUUUUGUACGGAUCAUAACGAGUGUGCUGACGACGCCAACUGUGAGCAUGGCUGCCAGAACUUUAUGGGUAAUUACCGCUGCGGCUGUCCGGAAGGCUUCAUUCAACAUCUCUAUUACAAUCAGUGUAUCGAUGAAAACGAAUGCAACCUGUCGCCUUGUGGGGAUAGCACAUGCAUUAACACGAUCGGCAGUUAUAAGUGCGGUUGCCCUGAUGGCUACCAGUUUGACAACAAUUUGGCAAUUUGCGUGCAGGUGAGUGCCGGAUGUCUAGGCAGUCCUUGCGCGUUCGGAUGCACUCCCAACGGAGCCAGCGGAUUUAUUUGUGGCUGUCCUACUGGUUAUCAGCGAAUUGGACAGGGUCAUUGUCUGUCUACUAUCAACCCGUUAUCUCAAGGACGAUACGGCGAAGAAAUCGGCAACGUGCCAACCUUUCAGAUCAACCCUGACCCUUAUCACAUACCACCGGCUGACGAUAAGAUAAUUUCCACGGAGGGGUGCUUCUCAUGCAAGGUAAACGGACGACACAGAAGGAAUACUAAAAACAGGUCGGCAGACAAUGAAAUGAGAAUGAAGAGAAGCGAGAUGAUGAAGAAACGUCGAAAUGCUAAGGCGAAAAGACAUCAUCACGGAACGGAACAUGUUCUCAGAGUCAACUUGCGUCAGACAAGGCAUCGCACGCGGAUUAUCAAGCUGCAAUCUGCCAUCAAGGAUGAAGAGAUGAACUACACCAUUGUACGGGGCAACAACGACGGUCACUUUGAGAUCGUCAGGGAACGUGGUAUUUCCGCUUUGCACUUCCGGCAUCGGCUGAAAAAUCCGAACGAGUUUCACAUAGUGAUUCACGGUCGUCCGAAGGACGAGGCGACAGCGAGCAAAGAAUGGGAGAAACCGCUAACGUUCAGAGUCCAUCUGAUAGUCGUAGAAUGAAAAAAACAAAAGUCACGGAAAAGAAUCGAGGACAAUUGGAUUCCGUGAGAGGACACUGCCCUAUACUGCGUUACGCUUCUUCUUAGUCAAUUUUUACGGAAUUAUUUCGAGCUGUGGCGAAGUAUUAAAAGUACCGGAAACAUCAACGUUCCAGGAGAGCCGCGAGAAACACAGAGUGGUCCGUAAGAUUCGAGGACUGAUCAUUAAGCACGAGUCCUUGGACAAUUGGAGAUCUGUCUUAACGGAAGAACGCAGGAUCACUGCAUGCCGCGACUUCUUGCGUUUACUCGCGCACAAAUUGCCUCAUUUAACUGCCAGAUAAUAGAUAUUCUAUCCGCAAGCAAUAACGAUUUCUUACGACCGCGAACUUGCGACAUCUGCGAAACUUUUACACUGCCAACGUGCCUACCAAGUGCCUUACUUGUUUUUCUUUCCUCGACGGUUUAUAUUUACUCGUUUGUAUCAACACGCGCGCGCGUAUCGAGAUAAUAUUCACCUAAGUUUUCUCAUUAGCGCAAUUAACUCUCCCCGUGCAUCGAUUUAAUAUAAUAAAAAAAGAGUAAGUCGGAACGGAAGAUUCUCCGAGUGUUGUUCGCGAACGCCAACGCAUAACAGCGUUCUCUUGAUGUACUGCCUACAAUCAUUACAUAAACGCAACACGAUUAGAUUAGAGAUAACAAAGACUAGAGAUGUACAAACGCUAGAUUACUACUGUAGCUUUAAGCGAGCGAACGCCCAUGUACACAGUUAUACAUGCAAAUGUAGCUUUAUAUAUUUAUAAAUCUUAGCUCGAAAGAAAAUGUGGCACAUGCGAGUGUAGUUUCGUGCGCAAAAUGAAUACACUUUGCGCUCAAACCUCAAAGAGAAAUUUGUAUACAUAUCACCGAUCCACGUGGUUGCUUGAUGAUAACAUUUACGACAUUUCGUGCCAAUAAUAGUAAGGACAUUAGUUAUGUAUAAAACUGAAAAAUAUGCUAGAACUCGUAUAAUAAAGUUGUGAAAAGAG